AUGGCCCCAGUGAGCCACACCUUCCUCCCCCUUUUCUCCUCUGCCCCCGCGCGCACCCCGCCCCCGCCGCCAGCCCCGUGCACCACCGCCGCACGCGCGUACGCGCAUCGCCCCCCCAGCGCCCGUCUGCUCCCGCCUCGCCGCACCCUGUGCGUGCCGCCCGCCCGUGCUGCGCCCCUGUUCGCGGUGCGCGCCCGCGCCCCGAACCACACGCCCGUCGACCGGCCUCCGUCGCCCGCGCCCCUCUCCUCUCGGUCACCGCCGCCCCGCUCGCUCUCCGCCGCGCCCAGACGCGCUCGCCCGCGCGCCCGCGUCGACCUCGCGCCGCGCGCCCCCCUUUCCCCCGUGCGCCCCGCGCCCGGGCUCCGGACGGGCUCGCGUCCGCCGCGCUCCUCGUCGGAGCCCCGCCUCCCCUGGCCCUGGCCGCCGGCGCCGGCGUGCGCCGUGCGCGCCCAGCGCCCUGCCCCGUUGCCCGUUCGGGCCGUGCCCACACCCCGCGCCCGUAGCCGCAGUGCCCCCUGGGCCACUGCCUAG